GUGGGAGUCUGAAGUUUUGGGAACGUGGGCCUGAGAGGUCAAGGGUCAGUACAAAGCCGGGGAGGAGAUGGUGAAGCAGACGAUUCAGAUUUUCGCCAGGGUGAAGCCCACUGUCCGGAAGCAGCCACAAGGGAUUUAUUCCAUAGAUGAAAGUGAAAAAUUAGUACCAAGCUUGGAAAUUAUCGUACCUCGUGAUUUGGCAGAUGGGUUUGUGAAUAAUAAGCGAGAAAGCUACAAAUUUAAUUUUCAAAGGAUUUUUGAUCAAGAUGCAAACCAAGAGACCCUUUUUGAAAACAUUGCCAAACCAGUUGCUGAGAGUGUCCUGGCAGGCUACAAUGGCACCGUCUUUGCAUAUGGGCAGACAGGCAGCGGUAAGACAUUCACCAUCACGGGUGGGGCAGAGCGCUACAGGGACAGAGGCAUCAUCCCAAGGACACUGUCGUACAUUUUUGAGCAACUGCAAAAGGACAGCAGCAAGAUAUAUACAACACACAUUUCUUAUUUGGAAAUCUACAAUGAAUGUGGUUAUGAUCUAUUGGAUCCAAGACACGAAGCCUCCAGUUUGGAAGACUUGCCGAAAGUGACAAUAUUGGAGGACCCCGAUCAGAACAUUCACUUGAAAAACCUGUCUCUUCAUCAGGCAACCACGGAGGAAGAAGCUCUGAAUCUGCUUUUCUUAGGAGAUACCAACAGAAUGAUUGCAGAGACUCCCAUGAACCAAGCUUCAACUCGUUCCCAUUGCAUUUUCACUAUUCAUUUAUCAAGCAAAGAACCAGGAUCUGCAACUGUCCGACAUGCCAAACUUCAUUUGGUGGACCUGGCUGGUUCAGAGCGAGUUGGAAAAACUGGAGUAGGGGGCCAGCUUCUCACAGAGGCCAAGUACAUCAACUUGUCACUGCAUUACUUAGAACAGGUUAUCAUUGCCCUUUCAGAAAAACACCGUUCCCACAUUCCAUACAGGAACUCCAUGAUGACCAGUAUCCUAAGAGACAGUCUGGGUGGGAACUGCAUGACAACCAUGAUUGCAACACUCUCUCUAGAGAAAAGGAAUAUUGACGAGUCUAUAUCUACCUGCAGAUUUGCACAGCGGGUGGCACUCAUAAAGAAUGAAGCUGUUCUUAAUGAAGAAAUUGACCCCAGAUUGAUGAUUAUACGCCUACAAAAGGAAAUCCAGGAGCUGAAGGAUGAACUGGCCAUUGUCACUGGGGAGAAGAGGACAGAGGCGCUCACAGAAGCAGAGCUGCUUCAGCUGGAAAAACUAAUAACAUCCUUUUUGGAAGACCAGGAUCCAGAGAGCAGACUAGAGGUUGGCACCGAUAUGCGUAAAAUUCAUCACUGUUUCCAUUAUUUAAAGAAACUACUGAAUGACAAGAAGAUUUAUGGGAAGAGCACAGUGUCCUCCGAAAUCAAAGAUCAGGACUGCCAAGAGCCAUUACAAGAGGAAGAAUAUAAAAAGCUACGAGAUAUUCUACAGCAGAGAGAUAAUGAAAUCAAUAUUCUGGUCAAUAUGUUAAAGAAGGAAAAGAAGAAAGCUCAGGAUGCUCUCCACUUAUCUAUCAUGGAUAGAAAUGAGUGCAGACAUGCACAGAGCUCACCCUUUCCUCCUGGGAACCUGGAAGGUCCAAGGCCAUUGCUGUCUUCAACUCCCACACAGGUCCAGGACUCCACCACUUUAGAGCACCGAUCCAGCUUACUCCAGAGAAAAACAGGGAUGAGAGAGGAGAUGUCAUUAGGACGCCAGGAGGCUUUUGAAAUCUUCAAGAGGGACCAUGCUGACAGCGUUACCAUCGAAGACAACAAGCAGAUUCUGAAACAGAGAUUUUCUGAAGCAAAGGCCCUGGGAGAAAAUAUAAAUGAAGCAAGAAGUAAAAUUGGUCACCUGAAGGAAGAAAUCACCCAGCGGCAUCUGCAGCAAGUAGCUCUAGGUAUCUCUGAAAACAUGGCCGUGCGCUCAGGGCCAGACCAGCUGGAAGAGAAGCUGCGGUCACAACUGGAGGAAGAAAAGAGAAGGUAUAAAACCAUGUUCACACGCCUGAAGGCCCUGAAGGUGGAGAUAGAGCACUUGCAGCUGCUCAUGGACAAAGCCAAGGUGAAGCUGCAGAAGGAAUUUGAAGCCUGGUGGAUCAAGGAGGCCAGCAGACUGCAGGUGAACCCUGCAGCAGGGAACCCGCUCGGCCACACGCAGCCUUUCCCCCAGGUGCCUGAAUCUCAGCACGAAAGGCCCCAGCUUCCCCCCAGCAACAGUGAUGUGAGCGCCAGGAAAGUCCUGCCCUCACCUGGCCCCAUCCUGUGCAGCCCGGAGCAGACCAGCACUCAAGCCUCCCUGGACGGCAGCAUCCCUGAAAAGCCAGUGUCGUCCAUCCCUCUCACCGGAGACAGCCAGACGGAUUCUGACAUCCUGGCAUUCAUCAAGGCCAGACAGAACAUUCUGCAGAAGAAAUCUCUCUUUAUUCGCUGUCCCCAAAGCCACCUCUCUUUAGCUCAGGCCUCACCAAACAGGAGGGGGCUGGGAGGUUUGGGUGCUCUUCGGCUCCUGCAUGGGGUUGACCAGAUGCUCCGAGGUGCUCCAGGGUUCAUGUCUAUGGGAUUGUCCUGGAGUUCCUUUGUCAGUCCCUGGUUCCAGGAGGACAGCCCCAUGAGCCGAUCACUCCUGCUGACUGAUCGUUCCUUUCAUGGCAUUGCUCAAGAUUGGGCCACCAGGGUGGUGCCAGUGUGCCACUCUGAGUGA